AGGGGCGGCGCGAGCCAUUUUACGGGUUGCUCCGGGCUUGGCCUGUUCCGUGGGCCGCCGCUGCCCGGAGCGCGGGCCCUGGCUCCCCGCCUCAUCCUAGCCCGGCCGCUCUGAGCCUGGGCCGGGGGGCUGCAGCGCCCGCGGUGUUUCCGGGGUAACCAAGGGAGCAGCGCCCUGGGGAGCCCAUCACAGCCCCCGACCCUCGUUAGGGGCCCUCGGGGCCGGGCCGCCGCGGUUCUGCGCCUCUGGCCGGCUCAUGCGGGGAAGGCAGCGUGUGCGGCCUUCCUCCCUUGGGGGGCUGGGGGCAGAGCGACGGGGCGGCAGCUUGUCCCCCCUCUGCGGGCGGUGACCGCGCCGCCCCGCGAUCUCUGGGCGCAGCCGCAGCCCUUCCUGUGCGGCUUCAAGGGGCCUGCACGCCUCCUUGGCAUUGAACUGUUUCUUUACCGGGUGUACAAAGCCUCUGCGUGGAUCUGCUUAUUUCAGCUCCCCUGCGGCCCACGGUGAUUUACCUUCACCUGACUCCUAAUCAGCUUAGGUUUUCAGCCUGUGGGCGGUGGACCCGUGAGGGUCUGCAGACUAGGGCUGAGGGGUGUGCAGAAGGCUGUCCUUACCCUAGAAGAGUGGUUUUCAGUCUUGGGGGUGGACCCCUGGGGGUCCACAGACUAUGCUUAAAAUGUCCAAAGGGCACUGCACCUCCAUGUGAAAUUUUGUAGGGGUCUGCAAAUGAAAAAAGGUUGAAAACCACUGUCUUAGACUGACUACACUACAGCGGCUCAGCUACGGUGCUGGGGAGGCCACUUGUCUGAUUUUAUACGAGACAGUUCCUUUUUUAGGUGGUUUGCCCCAUAUCCACUACUAGGAUGAAACUGGACAGGGCUUUGUCGAUAUCAUUUGGGGGAAUGGCAUUUUGAACAGUACUUCAUCCCCACCCACCUGACCUUGUACACAUUUCUGCAUGCAAGGUCAGGUAGGUGGGGCUGGCAGGGCCAAGGUCAUGCAGGCAAAUGCACUGACACUGUUCCUGGAAGUGCUGAAAUGCCCAGUAUUCCGGGAACAUGUGUGUGGCGACCCUGCUGUGCUGCAGCAGCACCAUAGCAUAGAUACUUCCGACAUCAGUGGAAGGGUUUUUCCAUCAGUACAGUUAAUCCACCUCUGAGAGGCACUAACUAGGUCUCUGGAAGAAUUCUUCCCUCGAUCUAGCUGUGUCUAUGGUGGGACUUAAGUCAACUUAAUUAUGUUGCACAGCGCAUGAAAUUUUUCACAACCCUGAGCGAAGUAGCUAGGUUGACCUCAUUUUUAGGUGCAACUUUUUCAUGUGGAUAAGGCCUCGUGCAAGUGUGUAAGAUAAAGUAUGCCCAAGAUAACAUUAAAUGGCAUCGCAGUGGACUUUCCUUUUCAACCAUACAGAUGUCAGGAGGAAUACAUGACUAAAGUGCUUGAGUGUCUCCAGAAGAAGGUGAAUGGCAUUUUGGAGAGUCCCACGGGUACAGGGAAGACAUUGUGCCUCCUCUGUGCCACUCUGGCUUGGCGGGAGCAUUUUAAAGAUACCAUCUCGGAAUGGAAAAUUGCACAGCGAAUGAAUGGAGUGGAACUCUUUCCUGACAGACCCAUGUCGUCCUGGGGUGACGCUGGCAAAGAUGCUGAAAUCCCAGCUUAUUACACUGAUGUUCCUAAAAUAAUUUAUGCCUCCAGAACCCAUUCUCAGCUUACUCAAGUCAUCAGUGAGUUAAAGAGCACAGUCUACAGGCCAAAGGUUUGUGUUUUGGGCUCCAGAGAGCAGCUUUGUAUUAACCCUGAAGUUAAGAGGCAGGAGAGUAACCACAUGCAGAUCCACAUGUGCCGAAUGAAAGUGAUGGCUCGUACUUGCCAUUUCUAUAACAAUGUGGAGGAGAAGAGUACAGAGAAGGAACUGACCAACUCCAUCUUAGAUAUUGAAGAUUUGGUUAAAAAUGGAAACAAGCACAGAGUUUGUCCUUAUUAUCUAUCUCGGAGCCUGAAGCAGCAAGCAGAUAUUAUUUUUAUGCCUUACAACUAUUUACUAGACUCAAAGAGCCGGAGAGCACACAACUUAGAUCUGAAAGGGACUGUGGUAAUACUCGAUGAAGCUCACAAUGUGGAGAAAUUGUGUGAAGAGUCAUCUUCUUUUGACUUGACUCCCUACGACUUGGCUUCAGCCAUGGAUGCUAUAAAUGUGGUACUGGAAGAACAAGCCAAAGUAGUUCAACAAAAUGAAAUCCAUGCUGAAUUCAAUAUGGAGUUUGCCAGCUCAGGGCUGAGCAUGGAGCUUGAAGAUAUAGCAAAGAUAAAGAGAAUUCUUCUUCAACUCGAAAAUGCUAUUGAUGCUGUGCAGCUGCCAGCUAAUGGAAAUGGAGUCACUAAAGAAGGGAGCUACAUCUUUGAUCUGUUUGCAGAGGCCCAGAUCACAUUCCAAACCAAAACCUCCCUCCUAGAGUCACUGGAACAGAUUGAACAAUUUCUAUCAGGCCGUACUGGGAUAUUUACCAACACAGCUGGAUUACAUAAACUUUCAGACAUUAUUCAGAUUGUUUUUAACAUUGAUCCUCCAGAAGGCACAUCCAGCUCCAUGCCAGUUCAGUCAAUAUCCAAGUAUUAUAAGGUGCACAUUCAUAUGGAUACCAGUAAUCAGAAAAAAACCCAGAGGACAGACCUGUGGAGUUCAUCAGUAACAAAAAAAGAAGGAAAGAUCUUGAGCUACUGGUGUUUCAGCCCCGGGUACAGCAUGCAUGAGCUGGUCCGUCAGGGAGUCCGGACAAUCAUUCUCACUAGUGGGACCCUCUCCCCACUCUCCUCCUUCACCAUGGAAAUGCAGAUCCCUUUCCCCGUUUGCUUGGAAAAUCCACAUGUUAUUGAUAAACAGCAGAUCUGGGUGGGGAUAAUUCCCAAGGGACCAGACGGAGGUCUGCUCAGCUCUACCUAUGAAAAAAGGUUUUCUGUGGAAUGUCUGUCUUCUCUGGGGAAAACAAUAGGUAAUCUUGUGCGAAUUAUACCGCAUGGGCUGCUGGUGUUCUUCCCUUCGUAUCCGGUCAUGGAGAAAAGCCUGGACUAUUGGAGAGAGCAUGACUUUGCUAAAAGAAUAGAAGAAGUGAAGCCGAUGUUUGUGGAACCAAGGAAUAAAGGAACCUUCACAGAGAUCAUGGAUGCAUAUUAUGAUAAGAUUGUCUGUCCCAAGUCUAGUGGAGCUACUUUCUUGGCAGUAUGUCGGGGAAAGGCCAGCGAAGGCUUGGACUUUGCAGACAUGAACGGACGAGGUGUUGUUAUCACUGGGCUUCCAUUUCCCCCUCGCAUGGAACCAAGAGUCGUUUUAAAGAUGCAAUUCCUGGAUGAAAUGAAAAGACAAGGUUCAGGGGCACAGGGUAGCUGUUGGCUAUUUAAUAACAUGUAUUUAUCCGGGCGUGAGUGGUAUCGGCAGCAGGCUUCCCGGGCUGUGAACCAGGCCAUCGGCAGGGUUAUCAGACAUCGCCAGGACUAUGGUGCCAUUUUCCUUUGUGACCACAGGUUCGUGAACAAUGAUGUAAGAUCCCAGCUACCCUCCUGGGUCCGCCCUUAUGUCAAGGUUUACAACAACUUCGGGCAUGCAGUCAGAGAGGUCUCCCAGUUCUUCCGUAUUGCUCAAAAAAUCAGACUGUCCGGUUUGGCCACUGUACAUGGCAGAGGGGCAUUGCUGGAUGUGCCACAAAUGCCCCCACCCCCAACACGGAGCUCCUGCUCUAGCACCAUAUGUGAAGGGGACCCGACAUCAUCCACGUCAUCUGGGCAGCCCCUGUCUCGGACAAAAGCCAAGAAUUUAGAUGACCAUGUUCCUAGUUUGAAGAGGAAGCGAAUGGGGCUGCUGGGGGAUGGAGCAACCAGCCUGUGUGUGGAGUACGAUCAAGAGCUGAUCUCAUCAAGGAAGCAGCCCAUUGGGCUCCUGGAUGCAUUGGAGCACAAUGAGAAGAGCAGUGAAGGGGCAGAAGAUGACUGCUUGCCAGGAGAGGAAAAGGCAAAACGUUUAUCAACGCUCUCGCUUCAGUAUGAGAAGAGGUUAACAGAUGAGCAGAAAGGAGGAAGAAAGAAAAUAAGAAUAGUCAACAAUGUGGAAGCUGACAAAGUAGCAGACCCUGCUGAGCCAAAGAAGACCAGGGCCACAUUGUUCAUUGCAACAGUAAAGCAAGCCCUGAGCCAGUUACACUAUGAUCUCUUCUCAAAGGCUCUGCAGCAAUACAAGAGGACUGAUGACUUCAAAGCCAUGUUAUCGCAAAUGAGCUCUCUUUUCAUGGAGGACCAGAAAAAGCAUAUCCUGCUGCGAGAAUUUUACCAGUUUGUUCGACCUCAGCAUAAAAAGCAGUUUGAUGAAGCAUGCUGUAGUCUGACUGGAGUGGGCUGUGGCUACAAACCUGAGCACAGCCUCCUGCGGGAGGAGAGAGAGGUGUUGGCCAAGAAGGCAGGGGAAAAGCAGUGUCUGCAGAAAACAGCAUUCUCAGAGGGUUCAUCCAGUCAGCUAAACUCCCAGCUACACCUGAACAAGGGAGGAUCCCACCUGACCUCUGGGCUGAAUAGAACAGGAGAAAAUCACACCCAUAUCCCUAAGAAGGACCCUGAAGAGGCAUCACGCUCUCUCAGACAGGACCAUCAUGAGCUAGUCAGGGCUACAUAUCUUAAUGAUCUGAAAAAUGCUUUGGACAAAAACAGUUACAGCCGCUUCUGUGCAGCACUAUCAGCAUAUAAGAAGACCGAUGACUAUGAUGCUAUGGUGUUGGUGAUAGCUGCCCUGACCACUGAGAAGCCAGAGUACUUUCACCUCCUGCAACGGUUCUACAUGUUUGUACGUCCUCAUCACAAAGAACAAUUCAGACAGAUGUGUAAAGACCUGACUGGAAUGAGCUGCAGUGAGGAGAAGAAGAAAUUGCAACUGGAAGUGCAGGAGCCCAAGAGUCCUCUGAAUCUGGAGAAUUCAUGUUCCAAAGCAGAAAACAGUGAAACUCAGGAUAAAGCUGUCAGCCACACACCAGCUACUUUCAAGAGUGAAAUGCCAAGAAAAACCCAGAGCAAGAUUUUAUCCUUCUGCAGUAAUCAGAACAGGAAAACUGGCUCUCAAAAGACAGACACAUUGACAGGAUCCAGCAGCAUAAGAGCACCUACCAACCCACGCAGUUUGCAUGUCUUGCCCUUCAAUAUGGAGCCAGAGUGUGGAAGAUUCCAGUGCUCUAAAUGCAAAUCUGAGGAUGAUGUGCCUUUUAAAUGCCAGUUAUGUACCUUUACUUGCUGCAAAACAUGCUGGGAACAGUUCUUAAAGCACAGGUCUUGGGUCUCUUGCCCUGUUUCAUGGAGGAAAUGUGAUCCUUCCACUCAGACUAGGAUCUGUCUACACUACCCUGCGUAUACCAGCCACUUAUCCUGUAGGACCAACUGGUUUUCGAGCACCUGCGUUUCCUCCCUUCAGGAACCUGUGACCAGUGAUCCAGGAUUGCUAAAAGGUGCCCAGAAUGCCAAGCUACUACCAAGAGGAAGCAUUUAGCCCAGGUUUUUUUCCUGCCAUAACCUCCCUGACAAGGGGCAAGUACAUUGCGUCAGCACUGGUUAAAGAGCCAGCAGAAAAAGAGAUUGGAAAAAGAAGCAGGAUGCACAUUCCUUUACGGACCCUUGAUCUCAGCUUCUCGCAGCAUCAUUCCUCUCCUUGGCAAAACUCAUCAAACCCCAAAGACCUCGCUUCCCACUUCUCUUUCCGCAAGAGGGGAAAGAAGCAAACAUUGUCCUUAGAAUUGUAAUGAAAUGGGGAUCUGCAUUUCUUAUGUGUUUGAAUCAGCAGAUUCUUGUGCCGAUAUGGUCCUUUUAGAUUGAACUUUGACAGCCUGGAGGAGGUUUUUAGUAAUUGCCUUCUCUCAAAUAUUUACUCAGUCCUGGAAAAUUUCCCAGCAGCAGUAGUGCCCCGAAUCCCCUUUUCCAGGAAUACCGUUUUCCUUUGGUGACUUACAGAAGCUGUUGCAGCUAGGGAUUUCAGAGCUGUAAGGUGGUGAAAGCCUUUUUAGAAAUCCAAUAGUUUUUACUGUGCAUCACUGGUAGUACAGACCAAACUCAUCUUGUGCUCAUUUAGGCCUUCCCUGCCAAUCAGAAGCCUGUUUCCUAUAUGGCUAUAAGUGCUGAGUGUUGCACUGAGCAUGCUUCCAAAGAGGAUUCGGUUUCUUCUGAGGCACUUGCACACUCCUGUUGUGUCUGUACGGUUUCAUACUUGUGUUUUCAGAAGUGUAGCAGGGAGAGUGAAAGAACUAUUCAUGUUCUUUCAAAGUGAACGUACAAACUGAUUUUAAACUCCAUCAAGUUGGAAAAGAGAAACACUGAUAUUUUCACACUCUGACUGGGGGUAUUCAUGUUUUGCUAAUUUAAGAAAUUGUAUCAAUUUUAAAUCUUCAGUGGAAAAUCUAAAAUAAACUAAGUAAAAAUGAA